CUCUCUCUCUCUCUCUCUCUCUCUCUCUCUCUCUCUCUCUCUCUCUCUCACUCAGUCUCGCUUUAACCUUGUGCCCGCUCGGUGCCCGCUGCUCCCGCCUCUAGAAAAGAAAGAAAAAGAAAGAAAGAAAGAAAAUGAGACAGCUUUAAAAGGAAGAGUUAAAACAAAUGAAGUAAAGAAAGAAAGAAAGAAAGAAAGAAAGAAAUAAAAUGUGAGAGAGUGAGAUAAUAGCUAUACAAGUGAGCAAGUGAUAGAGAAAGUGAGCAAGAGAGAUAAAGAGAGAGAGAAAAAAAAGUGAAAAAUAGUGAGCGAAUUAAAGAAAGAAAGAAAGAAAGAAAGAAAGGAAGGAAGAAGAAAAGAGACGAAUAAAAAAUAGAAGGAAAGAGUUGAAUAAAGAAGAGGAAAACUGAAAUAAACAAGAAGAAGAAGAAGAAGAGGAGGAGGGAAAUACAGGAAUAAGGAAGAAGAAGAAGAAGAAGAAGAGGAGGAGGAGGAGGAGGAAGGAAAUACAUAAAUAAAGAAGAAAGGGAGAAGUGGUAGAAGAAUAAUAUAAUAAUAAAAAUGAUAAAAUAGAGAAGAAAAAGAGGAAAUAACGAGUCUGUCAAAAAUUUCCCUAGGCCUAUCAGCAAAUUUUAUGAAAGAGGAUUAAGAGGAAUAAAAGAUGAUAUUUAGGCCUAUUUCAAGAAGUACAGAUUUUUCCUAAAAGCCUAAUUUAUUUCAGGAGGCAUAAAAUAUAAAAAGAAGAGGCCUAAAAUUUUCAAGAGGACAAAAAAUCAAGGUCUAAAAAUUUUUCAAGAGGCCUAAUUUUUUCAAGAGGACCAAAAAUAUAAAAAGGCCUAUUUUUUUCAAGAGGACAAAAAAUCAAGAGAUCUGAAAAUUUUGUAGAGCCUAAAAUUUUCAAGAGGACAAAAAAUAUAGAGGCCUAAAAUUUUCAAGAGGACCAAAAAUAUAAAAGAGGCCUAAAAUUUUUCAAGAGGACCAAAAAGAUCAAAAGGCCUAUUUUUUUUAAAGAGGACAAAAAAUUAAGAGGCCUAAAAUUUUCAAGAGGCCUAAAUUUUUCAAGAGGAGGAAAAAUUCAAGAGGCCUAAAUUAAAAAAAAAAGAAAACAACAACAAAAUCAUUAUCAAAUUGAAGAGGCCUAUAUAGAAGACAGCAAGAGGCGUAGUGGGAAGAAAGAGGAGGCCUAUACAGAUCUGAGGAGGCCUAUCAAGAGGAGACAUGCAGGAGGGAGGGGGGAGAGGUUAUCUUCCCUACAGAGGCUGACCAACUGCACUACCUGUCACUCAUGGCCUCUCCCUCUCUCUCUCCCUCCCCCUCCCCCUCUCCCUCCCCCUUCCACCUCUCCCCUCCCCCCAGGCCAUCCCCCUCUCCCUCCCCCGUGCUCCUCUCCCCCUCCUCUCCCUCCUCCUCCUCCUCCUCCCCCUUCCAUGACGCUCUCGCUCGUUCCUACUCCCCCAUUCCUAAGCCUUGUCCGGUCCAUUCCCAUUCCAGCAAGGGUUCCAGCCCAAAGCACCAACUUUCUAGCCCAAAUGACCAGUUUUCCAGCCCAACUUUGCCGUCUAGCCCAACUCGUUCCAGCCCGACCUCACCCAGUCAGAUUUCCAGCCCAAGUCCCUUUUCUAGCCCAACCUUACCUUCCAGCCCAACACCACAGAUUUCCAGUCCAAAUAAUCCCUUUUCUAGCCCAACAUUACCUUCCAGCCCAACACCUCAAUUAUCCAGCCCAAAUGAUCCCUUUUCUAGCCCAAUCUUGAUCCUGGGAGAGGCUGCAGGGGGAGGGGGCGAGCCUAGGGGACGCACACACACACGCACAUGAGAAAACGUACACGCGUGUGGAAUUUCUCAGCGUGUGUACGGAUUUGACAGUCAAGAGGGGGAGGAGGAAGAAGAGGAAGAAGAAGAGGAGGAGGAAGAGGAGGAGAAAAGUGUGAUUCUAGAGUUAGAUUCUUCUCGUGCCGCCUCGCUCACCAGAACCUGCAAGUGGUCAGGAUACAAGAAGCUGCCUGACGGGUGUGAGCUGACGGUCGGGGAGCUGAGAGACAUGGCGAGCCGGCAGCAGCAGCAGAUCGAGACCCAGCAGCAGCUCCUGGUGGCGCGGGAGCAGCGGCUCAAGUACCUGAAGCAGCAGGAGUCGCGCGCCGCAGCCGUGGCCGCCGAGGCUGAGAGGCUGAGGCGGCUGAAGGAGCGCGUGGAGCUGCAAGAGGCCAAGCUGCGGCGUCUGCGGGCACUGAGGGGCCAGGUGGAGGCGACCAGACUUAACACAGCCUCGCUUACCACGGAUCUGGACGCAAUGAGGCAGCUGUUCAGUGAGAAGGAGAAGGAGCUGGUGGUGGCGGUGACGAAGGUGGAGGAACUGACGAGGCAGCUGGAGGAGUUGCGGCAAGGGCGUUCUCCUCUUAACCCAGGCGAUCACCACCACAAUGAACUGGAUAAGCUGCGUAGAGAGUUGUUGUACCGGAACAGCGUGAACAGGGAGGCGUCGGCGAGGGUGGCGGCGCAGCGGGAGACUCUGGCGGCGCGGCGGGAGGAGAUCUCGCGGAUAGACAAGCGAGUGUCGGAGCUACAACAGCGCCUGCACCGGAAGAGACUCCUGAACCAGCAAUUAGCCUCCCAGAUCACCGCGGCCACACAGGCCAAGCAGGCGCAGCUGAAGGCGGUGCAGCAGAAGGCGCUGAGGGAGGGCAUACACUCCUCCUCUUCCGUGGACGACGCCCAGACGCCCGCGCAUCUUAAGAUACCACGCGGGGAGGACCUGGCGGAGUUUAGCCCCAAUAAAAGCGACCCAAAAUACCAAACACUUCCUUACAAUACAAAAUUCUCCGUGACUCAGAAAAACAGGGACUCCGAUUCAUGCCCUCCCACGCCCACCACGCCCACGCCCACCCACCCAGACCCGCCCCUAGCCCCCUCCACGACCCCCGCAGCCCCCACCACCACCACCACUACCCCAGGAGGAGGAGGAGGCGGCGUAUUGAUGACAACUGUGCAUUCAAUUCCUACUCAUCCCCCACCGAGGAGUCUAGCACAUGCCCUGCCCUCCCAGGUGCUGCCGCCCCCCUACUGUGACUCCCGCCCCCCGAAGCCCCCGCCCAAUCCAGCCAUGACCCCCAGGGUAUUUGGUCCCGGCACGCAACACUUCACGCAACGCACGCAACCUCUGGGCGGCGCCGCGCUCACGCAAACCCAGAAGCUGAGUCCAGGUGUAACUUCGCAAAGCCGCGCCCUCCUCAUCUCCUCCCAGGACACAGAGAGAGGAGGCGAGGGAGGGGAAGAGGGGGUACGGGGGGUGAGGGAGGGGGCGCAGCAAGCCCUCCCUCCCCCCAAGCCCCCCGUGCCCUCCAAGCCCCUGCCACCUCCCCGCCAGAAAGGGGACCAGCUGGGGGGGAGCACCGACCCCCUCACCACCCCUGGCCCACCCCCUUCCCGCCCCUCCAGCCUGCAGACUCGCCCCCCACAUGCCUACAGGUACGCCAGCCAAAACGUCAUCAUGUCCACCUACACCCAAGCCGGAGGUGGAGGAAGUGGAGGAGGAGGAGACACGCCAGGAACACCAGAAGACGACUCCACCACCACCACCUCAAACAAGCCCAAAUCCACCACCACCAACAACAACAAUGUGGAUGGAUCGGAGAAAAUCCACGUGUCCAUCAACCGGCGGAUCGAGAUGCCGCCGGAUUUCAUGUUCCCGGAGGACGAGACUCCACCAUCAGACCUGCUGGGGAGGCGGGUGGAGGAGAUGGAGGCGGAUGGUGGGGAGCGGGUGGUGGAUAGCGUGGACAAUGCCGCCCCACUCAUCUCCCUCUCUGAGCUGCGGAUAGAGGGCAGCAAGGAUGAGGGUGAGGCGGAGCAGGGCGUGGAGGAGCGGGAGGAUGCCACUGGACUGCUGCGGGAGGAGAACCGACAGCCAGAUGGCGCCGACACCUCCACCUUACUGGCCAGCGAGGAGCUCCACCCAGAUAACGAAGACAGCAACAGCAAGAACAAGAACGCAAGACAAAGCACCAGCACCAGCAGCACCACCACCACCACCACCAGCACCACCACCCUCUCCAACAUCAACAACCUGAACAACAACACCACCAACAACAACACCGCCAACAACAACACCAGUGGAGGGGGUGUGGUGAUGCGGCGCCUGAAGAAGGGAAACCUGAAGACUAAGAACAGUUCGAAGGUCCCUAGAAGAGUGAGUUUUGAUCCUCUGGCGCUGCUCCUCGACGCGUCCUUGGAGGGGGAGCUGGAGUUGGUCAAGAGAACGGCCAUGGAGGUCUCGAACCCCUCGGCUGCAAAUGACGAGGGGAUAACAGCCCUGCAUAAUGCCAUCUGUGCCGGCCACCUCGAGAUUGUAACCUUUUUGGUGACCUUUGGCUGUGAUGUCAACGCGCAGGACUCCGAUGGAUGGACUCCUCUGCACUGUGCGGCAUCCUGCAACAAUGUGGCCAUGGUUCGGUUUCUGGUGGAGCAUGGAGCCUGCAUCCUGGCCACCACUCUAUCCGACCACGAGACCCCGGCUGAGAAAUGCGAGCAAGAUGAGGAGGGCUACGAUGGAUGCUCCCAGUACCUCUAUAGCGUGCAGGAGAAGCUGGGCAUCAUGAACGGGGGAGUGGUGUAUGCAGUGUAUGACUACGAGGGACAGGCCACUGAUGAGCUCACCUUCGACUGUAGUGAUGCCCUGACAGUGUUGCGGCGUGGCGAUGAGUACGAGAGAGAGUGGUGGUGGGCGCAGCAUGGCAACCUGCAGGGAUAUGUGCCGCGGAACCUCCUGGGGUUAUAUCCUCGAGUUAAGAACCCUUUGAAGGACUCCUGAGAAAAACAGCUACUACUACUAUGACUUCUGUGACCUGCCCAUUGCUCUCUCCUCUCUACAAUUUACCUGAGAAGAGAGAGAGAGAGGGGAAGAGAAAGAAGAGAGGAUGAUAAGAAAGAAGAGGAGGGAUAGAGAGAGAGAGAGAGAGGUUAAAAUAAACACAACAGAAGAGAAAGAAGAGAGAGGAGAGAAAGAAGAGGAAAAGAAGAAAGGAUGGUGAUGAUACAAACACAUACAAACAUACAUAAACACACACACUCCAUCUUUUGCCAUCACCACUUCAUCCACUCACUCAAUGGGAGAAAAAGACAGAGAUAAAACAAAAUUCUUAUUAUCAACACCAUUUAAUUGAAAUAGACAAAAAUAAACCAAAUUUCCUACCUGAUAACACCAACACCAUCAACAACCAUUAUUCCUCAUCAAUAGAGAGAGAAAGAGAGUGAAAAAGCAAACUCUCAACACCAUCAACACCAGUAUUCUUUCAUCAGUAGAGUGUGAGAGAUAAAAUAGCUUCUCAACACCGGUCAACGCCACUCACUGAUCGAUGCGGAAGAAAAAAGCAAAUUCUUAUAUUCUCAACACCACUUUCCAAAACUCUCUCUUUUCACAGCCAGAGUGAGAAAAUAAAGAUAAUUCUCUCAACACCACUUGCUCACCACCAGAGAGGGAAAUAAAACAAAAUAUUGACACCACUAUUAAGAGAAGAAAAUGAUAAAAAAUAGUGAAGAAAAUGAUAAUGCAAAAUAAUAUCAACACCACCAACACCACUUCCUGUUAUGUGAAAGGAAAAUAAAUGCAAAAAUCAUAUCAACACCAAAAUUCUUAAGCUAAUUCUUUCAACACCAAACAAACAAACAAACCCAAGUCCUUUACAUCACCACUACUCAACACCACUAUUCCUUAACGAGAGAGAAAUAAAAAAAUAAAUAAAUAAAAGCAAAAAGAAGUAAAACAAAGACAAUUCUCAACACAACAUCACCAAAAACAAACCAAACAGACCCCAAUCUUUCGUAUCAUCACCACUCAAACACCACACCAGCCAGUCCCAGUGCCUUAACUCAAACAUAUCCAAGUGUACAUAGAUAGAGAGAGAGAACGAGAUAGAGAUAGCAAAUAUAUAUGACAGAUGUAUAUAUAUAUGUAUAAAUAUAUAUAUAUACACAUUGUAUCUGAACGCUUUAUAUAUGUAUAUUAAUUAGCGCGAGGUGACAAAUGAGGCGAGGCAAACAGGUGUGAUAUAACGAGAGAACACAGGUAAUAGGUGAGGGAGAGAGAGAGGGAGAGGGGGGUGCGUGUGUGUGUGGUGGUGUAAUGGGUGUAUACGCUUGACUCUACACCUCCUAUACAGUACGGUGAUUGCAGAAAUAGUGUAUUUUUUUGUUUUGUAUUGCCACCACCACCAUCACCACCACCACCACCACUUGAAUAUUUUAAUAAUAAUAAUAAUGAUACUGAUAUAAUAAUAACUAAUAAUAAUACUGAUAAUUGUAAUGAAUGAAUGAACAGACGAGUGGAUGAAUGCGUGAGUGACUGAAUAAAUAAACAAAACGUUAAUAAAUGAAUAAAGUGUUGCCAUAUGA